AUGGGAAUUCAUUGUAGAUUGAUUUAUUUCUUAGCUGUUAGUGAGGAAGCAGCCAGGAGAGCAGUGCAGGAGAUUCAGCACAGACAGAACCAAGAUAAAGAGUCUUCGCCCAUAUUAACACCCUCAUCUAAUCAGAACAUCAGGGUAGCUACUACCCAGUCAGAACCUACAGCUUUGUUGUCUGUUGCAACAUCCACUAGCGAAUCACCACCUGCUCAAGCCACUAAGAAUGUGAAAAGCUUGUUCAUCCAUGGGGUUGAUUUACAUCAAGAUGUAACACAAGCUGUAGAUGCCUUGCGUGAGAAGUUGACAUGGGCGAGUAAACAGCUAAAUGCUACAACAAGCAUUCAUGAGGCACAGACACUGGCAUCAUUGAUUUCAGAUACCUGCAGGGCUAUUUCUGCUCUAAGAGAUCUUUAAUGAGAAGAUAACAAAAAUGUUGCUUUGUUUUAAAAGCCCUUAAUCUCUGCUAGACUUAUGUUUUUUAUGCUCAAUUACUUCCUCUUUCUGGAACUGUUAAUUUCAAGGAAAAAUUUUCACUGACAAUUAUAAAACAUUGUAUUGUUGCCUGGUCAGGUUCAUCAUACCUUUAAGAAUAACCUCUUGACUGCAGUUGAAAAAAACACCAUAUAAUGUGGCACAUAGUGCAGAACAGAUUUAUUCAUAAAGUGGCACCAUUACACAAAGUCAGCACAACUUAGGUUUUCCUUGAGACACCCAAGCAUGUCAAGUAGUGAUGAUAUAGGCUGUGAUACUUGCCUAACUUGUGAAUAUGCUCUGUAUGUGACAUUUGUGAAUAUAAUAAAUUGAAUUAUGUUU